AGCAGCAAGGACCCACACUUGGCUCACAUGACCGUCCGUCCUUCAAGGUGAUGGCAACGCACAGUGUCAUCUCCAGAGAGGACCUCAUUUGUCCUCAGUGUACGGACAUCUACUGCUUCCCUGUUCUCCUCCAGUGUGGACAUAACAUUUGCAAAGUUUGUCUGCAGAAGUUCUGGGAAUGGAAAGGAUGUCAAGAGUGUCCAGUGUGUCGGGUCGUGUCCAUUCCCAAAAGGCCUCCUAUCAAUUUGGUUCUGAAGAUAGCAGCCGACCACUACCACCUGGAGAAGAUGAGUGCAGACCGUUGCCAACUUCACGAGGAGAAGCUCAGUAUUUUUUGUCAGAACGACGAGAAGCCCAUUUGUCUAGUGUGCCAAAUGUCCAAACAGCAUAAAAUCCACGAGUGCUGUCCGCUGGAUGAGGCUGCCAAGCAGAAGAAGGAAGACGUUGCAGGCAGGAUGGAGUCUCUGAAGAAAAAGCUGCAGACUCUGAACAAGACGAGGGAGACCUGGGAAAAUACCAGGACAUUUAUACAGAGACAAGCGGAUGAAAACAACAGAGCCAUCAGGGAGGAAUUCCAGAAGUUGCACAUGUUCCUUUUCGAGGAAGAAGACUCCAGACUUCAGGUGCUCUCGCAGGAAGUGGACGUGAAGGUCAAAGUGAUGAGCAUCAAGCUGGAUUCCAUUGAGAAGCAGAUCAAGAGCCUCGUCUCAGUCAUCAGCGACACCGAGACGAGACUGAGAGGAGACGACUUAUCCUUCUUGCUGGACUACAAAGACACCAAGAAGAAGCUCAAAUGCAAUAUUGGAGAACCGGAAAUAAUCAGAGACAUCCUGAUCAACUCUGGCACACAUCAGGCGUCUCUCAAAUUUCAAGUUUGGAAGAAGAUGGAGCGUCUCGUCAAAUAUGUUCCCAUCACGUUGGAUCCAAACACGGCCCAGGCCAACUUGGAGCUGUCUGAGGAGCUGAGCUGCGUUCAGUACACCAGUCAGCGGACGCUCCCGGACAACCCGGAACGCUGCACGGGUGGCGUGUGCGUGCUGGGAGCGGGCGGGUUCGUGUCCGGGAAACACCGCUGGACUGUGGACGUGAGUCAGGGUAAAGACUGGUACAUCGGGGUGGUCCGGGAAUCCAUCCAAAGGAAGGCGGCCAUGUCCCUCAAGCCCUCCGAAGGGGUCUGGAUCAUUGGGGGGAUUAUAGGGGACGUCCUGUGGGCUCAGACUUCGCCUCGUACCAAGCUGGAAUGGAAGCAGAAGCCCGAGAGGAUUACAGUGGAGCUGGACUACGACAAAGGGAAAGUGACGUUCAUCAAUGCUGUAGAUUCAAAGACCAUUUUCACGUUUAAAGACAAGUUCACUGAGAGGAUCUUCCCCUACUUCUCUCCUGGGAUUCAUGAUGAGGGAAGCGGUCCCUUCCCCCUAGCCAUCUGUUCUCAGACCAUCACAAUCGCCGUUUCAAACAAGUGAAGACCACAGCUCAACAGCCAUCCAUCUGUCCAUGAAUCAAUCCAUCCAUCCAUGCAUCCAUCUACCCAUCAUUCCAUCCAACCACUUACCCAUCCAUCCAUCAUCUAGUCAUCCAUUGAUCUAUCAUCCAUUCAUCCACUGAUCACCGAUCCAUCCGAUGCAUCUGUUCACUGAUCCAUUCAUCCAUCUAUUCACCCAUUCAUUAUCCACCCACCCAUCAUGUAUUCAUGCACUGAUCAUCCGUCCAUUGAGCCAUUCAUCCAUUUAUAUCCACUGGUCCAACAUCCAUCCAGUCAUCCCUUCAUCCAUCUACUGAUCCAUCCUUCAUCAUCCAUCAAUCCAUCCAUCAACCAUCAUCAAGUUAGCCACUGAGCUUUCAUCCAUCCAUCUAUUGAUCCAUCUGUCCACUGUUCCAUCCAUCCAACCUUACUUAGAACCAUCCAUACCGCUUCUCCUCACUAGGGUCGCGGACGUGCUGUAGCCUAUCCCAGCAAUCUUCGGGCGAGAAGCGGGGUACACCCUGAACUGGUCGCCAGCCAAUCGCACGGCACAUACAAACAAACGACCAUUCGCACUCACAGUCACACCUACAGGCAAUUUAGAGUCUUCAAUCAACCUACCAUGCAUGUUUUGGGGAUGUGGGAGGAAACCGGAGUGCCUGGAGAAAACCCACGCAGGUACGGGGGAGAACAUGCAAACUCUACACAGGCGAGGCCGGGAUUUGAACCCCGGUCCUCAGAACUGUAAGGCAAAUGUGCUAACCAGUCUUCCACCAUGCCGCUACUUAGAACCAGCUAUCAAUAAAUCCACACAUACUGGAGAUAGGUGUUUUGCUGGCUGGCUGUAACAAAUUUUGCUCUGACCAACCAGUCAGAGGAUGAAAAAAAAAGUAGUUUUUGUUGGCUGCCCGUGUGAGGAUGAAUUUGAAAGCUGACUGGUUAAAGCAACAGUCACAUUGCUAAUUUGGCUCUGGGCAGAUUUGACGUUAGCACAUAGUCAUAGAGACUGAAAUGUGAUUGGACAAAAAAAAUCUAUCAUACACAUGUACUGGAAGCAGUGCAACUAAGAGUAACGCUACGAUAUGAAGAGAAUAGAUUGUUGGGAAUCAAGUAAUGUAAUUUCAUGGAACAAAUAUUAAAAUUUAGACACACACACCCACACACAUACAUAAACACCCGCAAACACCGUGCCGAAUGUAAAAAUACAAGUCUGGCAAAGAGUGUCAGCAUUGUCUGCAGUUCAUUAAGUCACUAUCACAAUGCUGUAAAUCAUGCCAGACUUGUUCCUUGUACAUCUCUAUUGGCAUGCUUGUGCUUUUUGUUCUUGUCUUGUGAUGUCAAUAAUUGAGUCCCGCAGUGGAAAGCAAUAAAAUAUCCAUCUGAAAGUUUUAUAACUUAGCUCAACCGAAGAUCAAACAUCAGUUAUUUUUGUUUUCUUUUUUCUUUCUUUCUUUGUUUUCGAAAAUAUUAACUCUGAUGGUAUUUUAACUCAUUUAUGACACAUUCAAACCCACUUAAGGUGCAAGGUGCAAUUGUAACUUGACUAGAAGUAGAAUGCAAAGUAUCUGCUGAGAUGGAAUUGUUAUCAAACGUGAAAGCAACAAUUGCUGAGUGUCAUAUUUGUAAUUGUCCAACCAAGUAACUGAACGGUAUGAUAAAAAGGCCUUGUUUCCAA